GUCUUGCCGCUGUCGCUCCGGGGCCGCGGGAUGACGCCUCCUCCGCCAGGACGUGCCGCCCCCAGCGCACCGCGCGCCCGCGUCCCUGGCCCGCAGGCUCGGUCCGGGCUCCCGCUGCGGCUACUGCUGCUGCUCUGGGCGGCCGCCGCCUCUGCCCAGGGCCACCCGAAGAACGGACCCCGCGUCUCCGCUGUCUGGAAAGGCCGUGUAGGGCAGGACCGGGUGGAUUUUGGCCAGGCUGAGCCACACACAGUGCUUUUCCACGAGCCAGGCAGCUCCUCCGUGUGGGUGGGUGGACGCAGCAAGGUCUACCUCUUCAGCUUCCCCGAGGGCAAGAACGCCUCCGUGAGCAUGGUGAACAUUGGCUCUACCAAGGGGUCCUGCCUGGACAAGCGGGACUGUGAGAACUAUAUCACACUUCUGGAGAGGCGGAGUGAGGGGCUGCUGGUGUGUGGCACCAACGCCCGGCGCCCCAGCUGCUGGAACCUGGUGAAUGGCACAGUGGUGCCACUUGGUGAGAUGAGAGGCUAUGCCCCCUUCAGCCCAGACGAAAACUCCCUGGUUCUGUUUGAAGGGAAUGAAGUGUACUCCACCAUCCGGAAGCAGGAAUAUAAUGGGAAGAUCCCUCGGUUCCGCCGCAUCCGGGGAGAGAGUGAGCUGUACACCAGUGAUACUGUCAUGCAGAACCCUCAGUUCAUCAAGGCCACAAUUGUGCACCAAGACCAGGCCUAUGAUGACAAGAUCUACUACUUCUUCCGGGAGGACAAUCCUGACAAGAAUCCCGAGGCGCCUCUCAACGUGUCCCGCGUGGCCCAGCUGUGCAGGGGGGACCAGGGUGGUGAGAGUUCACUGUCGGUCUCCAAGUGGAAUACCUUUCUGAAAGCCAUGCUGGUGUGCAGUGAUGCUGCCACCAACAAGAACUUCAACAGGCUGCAGGAUGUCUUCCUGCUCCCUGACCCCAACGGCCAGUGGAGGGACACCAGGGUCUAUGGCGUUUUUACCAACCCCUGGAACUACUCAGCUGUCUGCGUGUAUUCCCUCGGUGACAUUGACAGGGUCUUCCGCACCUCCUCACUCAAGGGCUACCACACCAGCCUCCCCAACCCCCGGCCUGGCAAGUGCCUCCCGAACCGGCAGCCUAUACCCACAGAGACCUUCCAGGUGUCUGACAGUCACCCUGAGGUGACACAGAGGGUGGAACCCAUGGGACCUCUGAAGACGCCAUUGUUCCACUCUAAGUACCACUACCAGAAAGUGGUUGUCCACCGCAUGCAGGCCGGACAAGGGGAGACCUUUCACGUGCUUUAUCUAACCACAGACAGGGGUACCAUCCACAAGGUGGUGGAGUCAGGGGAGCAGGAUCGCAGCCUUGUCUUUAACAUUGUGGAGAUCCAGCCUUUCCGCCGUGCAGCCGCCAUCCAGGCCAUGUCUUUGGAUGCUGACCGGCGGAAGUUAUACGUGAUCUCCCACUGGGAGGUGAGCCAGGUACCGCUGGAUCUGUGUGAGGUCUACGGUGGGGGCUGCCACGGCUGCCUCAUGUCCCGAGACCCCUACUGCGGCUGGGACCAGGGCCACUGCGUCUCCAUCUACAGUUCCCAGCGGUCAGUGCUGCAAUCCAUUAAUCCAGCUGAGCCACACAAGGAUUGUCCCAACCCAGAGCCAGACAAGGCCCCACUGCAGAAGGUGUCCUUGGCCCGGAACUCUCGCUACUACCUGAGCUGCCCCAUGGAGUCCCGCCAUGCCACCUACUCGUGGCGUCACAAAGAGAAAGUGGAGCAGAGCUGCGAGCCCGGCCACCAGAGCCCCAACUGCAUCCUUUUCAUUGAGAACCUUACAGACGGCCAGUAUGGCCACUACCUCUGCGAGGCCCAGGAGGGCUCCUACCUCCGCGAGGCUCAGCACUGGCAGCUACUGCCCGAGAAUGGUGCCAUGGCCGAGCACCUGAUGGGCCAAGCCUGCGCCCUGGCCUCCUCCCUCUGGCUGGGGGUGCUGCCCAUGCUCACUCUUGGCCUGCUGGUCCACUAGGGCCUCCCUGGGCUGGGCAUGCCGCAGGCUUCUGCAGCCCAGGGGCACUAGAGAAGUGCCACACUCAGAGCCAGCUGGCCUGGGAGCUCCUUGCCCACCACUUCUUCCAGAGGGACUGAGUAAUGCGAUGGGGGACGCAGGCCUGGAGACGUCCAGCCGCAGGCGGCUGCUAGGCCCCAGGUGGGCGGGAUGCAGGGGGACCAGAGAGUGAGGGCACUGACUGUGAAGCUGGGGUAUCAAUGGCCCAGGACUUUAUCUUUUGGAGAAUAUUUUUCAAAAACUCCUCCUCAAACUUGACUAAAUGCAGUGAUGCUCCCGGCCUGCGAGCCCAUGGGCCGGGGAGUGGGGUUUGGAAAGUGGAGCUGGGACCCCAUCUGUGCACCUGGGGGCUGAGGCCUGAGUCCUUGGACUCUCUGUGCCUAAAUUGCCUCCUUCCUCCUCUCUCCCCCAUAGCUGGGGGUGACUGGUGUUCCUGCAGACCCAGAGCUACCCUCUGCCUGGCCCUGCCCCCUGCAGCUCCUUCCGCAGACCUGGGUCCCACUGGACAGCCAGCUUCCUUGCAUGUUUAUUGAAGGAUGUUUGCUUUCCGGACAGAAGGACGGAAAAAGCUCUAUUUUUAUGUUAGGCUCAUUUCAUGUAUAGCUACUUCUGACUGCAUCUGUAUGAAAAUACCAAAACUACAUGCUGGGGUUGGGGUGGGAGAGGGAGGGGCUGGGAAGGGAUGGACUGGAGACGGGGGUGAUCCCAGUCUGAGGCUCCUGGGGAUAGGAUGAGAGUCCAGAGACAGGCAUGGGUUCUUGAAGAGUGGCAUGAGCUGGCUCUGCCCUGGGAGCCCAGUCUGAGGGGGAUAUCAUCCAAGUCCCCCAAUGUGUGGGGUAGUUAUGGGAGGGGGUGGGGUGAGGGAGACAGGGGAGAAUGAAGAAGAAAACUGAGCCCUAGGUUCACCGUGUUCAUUUAGAAGGAGGAGCCGGGUCCUCAGGGGGAGGUUCCAGGACUCUGCCCUUAGCAUCGGGGGUUGGGGGGCGGGGGGCCUCCUCCCCUCCCCUCAGCCCCCUUUCCCAGGGGCUGUGCUUCCAUGCUCCUAGCCUCCCACCUUCAGCUCAGGACAUGCUAUAACUUAGGCUAAACUGUGAAAAUUCGGUGGGGAUGGCCUGGGCCAAUCUCUCCAGGAGAGCGGCCCUGCCCCCAGUCCUGUCCAUGGAUUUCAGCAGAGAGCUGGGCCCUUCUCCAGCUGUGUCUGGCUACCCAGGGCAGGGCCUGGGGCCGGCGGCCUUCCAGCUUCGGUCCCUGCAUCUCUUCUCAAUGCACUUUAAUAAUGUAACAUAUUACUAAUAAACAAGCUAUUUAUUUA